AUGACCGAUGAAGCCAUCGCAACCUUGAAACGGGAGACCGCAGACAUAUUCUACCAUGGCUACGACAAUUACAUGAAACAUGCCUUCCCUGAGGACGAGCUGCGGCCGUUGACGUGCUCUGCCUUGACCCGAGACCGUGCCAACCCUUCUCACAUCGAAGUGAACGACGUGCUCGGCAAUUAUUCCUUGACUUUGAUCGACAGCUUGUCCACGCUCGCCAUCUUGGCAUCUUCUCCGCCUGACAAACAUGCCCACCGGAACCCGCUGGAAGACUUCCAGAACGGCGUGAAGCUUUUCGUCGAAUACUACGGCGAUGGCACUGAUGGGCCCGCCGGACAAGGGAAAAGAGCACGAGGGUUCGACUUGGACAGCAAAGUGCAGUUGUUUGAGACGGUCAUCAGAGGGCUGGGCGGCUUGCUCAGCACUCAUCUUUUCGCAAUCGGCGAAUUGCCGAUUCGUGGAUACGAUCCUAUCUUCACCGACACCGAGGAUGGCCGACGAGGCAUCGAGUGGCCUGGUGGCUUUGUCUAUGAUGGCCAGUUCCUGCGUCUAGCCCACGACCUGGGCAAGAGGUUGCUCCCGGCUUUCCACACUCCAACUGGCAUACCUUAUCCUCGCGUCAACCUUCGUUUCGGCAUACCAUUUUACGCCAACUCGCCUCUGAACAAUGACUCCGAACACGGUCAAUGCCAGACGAAUCCAAACGCACCUCCUGAAAUAACGGAGACCUGCAGUGCGGGUGCCGGUAGUCUCGUGCUUGAAUUCUCCACCCUGAGCAGGUUGACCGGAGAUAUGGUGUUUGAGAAAGUUGCGAAGCGGGCAUUCUGGGAGAUUUGGGCCCGACGGAGCAGUACUGGCCUCAUUGGCUCCGGAAUCGAUGCUGAGACAGGACAAUGGGUCAGCCCAUACACUGGCAUUGGAGCAGGAAUCGAUAGCUUUUUCGAAUACGCGCUCAAGUCGCACAUUCUCCUCUCAGGCCUGCCGUACGAUUUGGAGAAUGAGCGUGCAGACUCGCCCGAAGCCUUCCUCCAUGUAUGGCAAGAUGCACAUGCGGGAAUAAGCAGACAUAUCUACCGUGGUCCGAUGCACCAGCACCCGCACUACAUUCAAGUAGAUCUCUAUACCGGUGCCAUGCGGGCUUUCUGGAUCGACAGUCUCAGCGCCUAUUACCCUGGACUACUAACCAUGGCCGGUGAGCUGGACGAAGCAAUCGAAACGCACCUUCUGUAUACGGCGCUAUGGACACGCUAUUCGGCUCUUCCCGAGAGAUGGUCGACCGCAACUGGUAACAUCGAGAUGGGACUGCGAUGGUGGGGUGGACGCCCUGAAUUCAUCGAGUCGACCUGGUAUUUGUAUCGUGCGACUAAAGAUCCGUGGUACUUGCAUGUUGGAGAAAUGACUUUGAGGGACAUCAAGCGUAGAUGUUGGACCAAGUGUGGCUGGGCGGGCUUACAGGAUGUGAGGACUGGAGAGAAGAGCGAUCGCAUGGAGAGCUUCUUCCUCGGCGAGACUGCCAAGUACCUCUUCCUUCUCUUCGACUUCGACCAUCCUUUGAACCAUCUGGGAAGUCCGUGGGUGUUCACGACCGAAGGCCAUCCCCUCGUCAUACCUGAGCGACUCCGCCAAGACGACAACUUCCUUGUUGCACGCAGCAAGACGAUCAGACAACUUCCGGAUUACGUCAAUGACGCCACUUGCCCUAUUCCCCCAGCCCAUGUUCCAUUCACCAUUUCCACGACGGCAGCCCGGGAGGAUGUUUUCCAUGCAGCAAGCCUGGCCAGAUUGCACUUGAUGCCGAAUAGGGACACUUUGGAGUCACCGCUUGUUGAAUUCAAUGCAGAUCAUCCCAGCAUCUCCAUGUCGGACGUCCGAUCGCCAUCAAACUUCACCUACUACCCGUGGACCCUUCCUCCGGAGCUGAUACCGUACAAUGGCACUAGCUCCAAGAUGGUAGCGCGGGCGACGUUUGACCUCUCGUUCCCGAACCUGCCCAGCAGCCUGAACAACGCAGCUUCCCUUCAGCGCAUCGGCGGUGGCAUUCUGGUGAACUCGAUGAGCGGUCUUCGGCUCGGCAUGGUACGUGAAUCUGAAGGCAGUUUGUCAAAGGAAGAGCCGAGCAGCGAUCUGUUUAGGAUCUACGCCGUUUCCAAUGUGGCGCUAGGAAGAGACGAGAAAGUCUUCAUGUCACGCGAUGCGGUAUCAAGUUUCAACCCCGCAGAUCCGUACUUCACGAGAACGCGGGACCUCACAGCACUCGAUGUCUUCGUCGAUGCCCUCGAACCUCCUCCCGCUGCGGUUGCCAAAGGAGCAUCUCUCGAUGACCCAGACUCUCAUGCUGCAAGCACGCUUGACGACAUUCUCGAAGCUGCUCUAGCCAACGACACUCUGUCGCUUAUUACGCUGCCGGAUUCUCUGGAAAUGGACAAGAUGAACCCAUCUCUCAUAAGCUCCCUUCUCCAAAACAUCCAAAACAUCCUGACAGAGACGCUUCCAUUUGACUCGCUCGCAAACCCCUCCCCAAACCCGUCAACACGGGCUUUCGGUGACGGGAAACACCAGGUCCGGCGCGUUCAGUUAUCGGCGGCGUUGUCAACGGGACCUGGAGCUGCGCCGCCGCCUCACAGCCGGAGUAGCGACGAAGGCAAGUUCGAGGCCGAUGAGGGCUUGCCUUGGAACAAAGUCUACGUGGGCGAUGAGAAUUGCGACUCGCGGCUUCCGGCAAGCGUUCCGCGCGAACACCAGGUCGUGGUGCUGAUGCGUGGCGGAUGCAGCUUCUCGCAGAAGCUCGCCAACAUUCCGGCGUACGCACCUUCGCAGUCAUCGCUCAAGCUGGUCAUCAUUGUGUCGUUCCCAGACCUAGAAGAUGACAGCACGGAUCUCGUGCAGCCGUUGCUAGAGGAGGAGCAGAAGCUCGCUGGCGGCAUCCCUCGGCCGCAUCCGAUCCCGUUGAUCAUGCUUGGGGGUGGAGACGAGACGAUGAGGCUGUUUGAGAGAGCAGUGGGGGUAGGCAUUAGGAGGAGAUGGUGGUACGAAAGCCAGGGGCUAAGAAUUGGCAAUUUGAUAGUUGUAUGA